AGUCUAUCCCACACAAUCAGUAUUCUGCAUAGUAACACGCAAGCAUUGACCUUGCGAUCAGCAAACAGUGGAUCUCAUACACAGCCGUCAUGUCUGCAAGCCUCCUAUGUCCGAGUGGCGUGAGGCCACAGUGACUGUAGGAUAAGAAUCCAACGACAGAGACACGUUUCAUUUCAGAGAUAGGCAUCUGUCAAUAUUCCUGAAACUGUUUUAUCCUAACCGGUUCAGAGAGAAGGAAGUUCCAGCUGGCUUUGUGCCAACAGUAGUGCCAACAAUAGUGUGAUGCAUCAAAGGGGAGUGCUAGUUCACCACAGAGAGGCAGGGACACCAAUGCCACGUAUUCACACUUAUAGCAUAGUAACACCUGCCGGUCUGAUCAUUUGAACAGGCAUUUCAUAGGGAAGCUGGUUUGACUCCCGGAGCUCCACCAAGUCCUGUUUUUCACCCAUUUAGUUACAGUUAAGCUCCACAUGGCAGCCAGAAAUCAAGCCUCCCAUGAUGAAAACGGCCGGCAGGACGGGACCAUCUCCAAGAGGAGUGACAGCAGACACCUGGCUGCUCUGGUUCUGGCCAGAGGGGGAAGCAAGGGGAUCCCUCUGAAGAACAUCAAGAUGCUGGCUGGGGUGCCCCUCCUGGGAUGGGUGCUGAGAGCGGCCAUCGACUCAGAGAUGUUUGACAGUGUCUGGGUGUCAACAGAUCACGAUGAAAUUGAAAAAGUGGCCAAAUCGUGGGGUGCCAAAGUCCACCGGAGAAGUCCCGAGGUCUCCAAGGACAGCUCUUCAUCAGUGGAAACCAUUCAGGAAUUUCUCAGGCACAACACAGAGGUAGACGUGGUCUGUCACAUCCAGUGCACAUCUCCGUGCCUCCAUCCAUCCCACUUACAAGAGGCCUUAAAGAAGAUCAUAGAGGACGGCUAUGACUCCGUCUUCUCGGUGGUCCGGAGACACCAGUUCCGCUGGAAGGAGGUCAAGCAGGGCAGUGAUGAACUUACUCAUCCCUUCAAUCUGGUUCCUUCAAAGCGACCCCGCCGUCAGGACUGGGAUGGAGAGCUGUGUGAGAACGGCUCGUUUUACAUCGGGACCAGGGACCUUAUCUUAAAAGAAAAUUCAACGCAGGGCAGAAAGGUGGCCUACUUUGAGAUGGAGCCAGAGCACAGCGUGGACAUAGAUGUGGACAUUGACUGGCCGGUGGCCGAGGAGAGAGUUCUCAGGUUUGGCUACUUUGGUCGGGGAGUGUCCGUAAUGUUCUGCAGGGUUUCCAGAUGUUUGACCGAUGGAAAGGUGUUUCUGUCCCCAUCUGGAGAAGACAUGGUGUCUUUUCACACUAGAGACACUACAGGCCUCAGGAUGCUGCAGAACGAUGGCGUUGAGGUGGUGCUGCUGACCUCCAGUGAGGACCCGGUGACCCAGUCAAUGGCUGACAAACUGAAGAAAAUGAUUGGCUGUGAGGUCAUGGAUGUGGGGGAGGAGCCACUGAAGGAUGUGCAGUCAGUGGUGGAGAAGAAGAGGCUCGACUGGAAGGAUGUGGCCUACAUGGGUAAUGACUCAGCAGAUGCCACCUGUCUGAACUUGGCGGGUCUGAGCGCAGUACCUGCAGACGCUCCGAAGGACGCAGCUGAUUCUGCCAAGUACACCUGCCGCCAAGCGGGAGGGAUGGGAGCUGUGAGGGAGUUUGCUGAACACGUACUCCUGCAGAAAGAAAAGGCCAAAACCCAGAUGAAGCAGGACAGGAUCGACCGCAAUAACUUCUAAAGCGUGGAAGGAGAGAUUUGGAAACAUGAAGUCAGACAAUACCGGUUCACGAAAGAAAAGCUGCAAUAUAGCAGAGGAGGGUAAAAGAAAGGGGCUAUGAGGACAAGUUGUCUGCUGUAAAAAUGAGAAAUCUCCAUGGUUGUUCUCCACAUUGACUAUAUGGGCAUUUGGCAGGAUGACAUCAGAAAGGACGGAGCCCAAGCACAAGAUAAAAUAUAACACUUAUACCUCAGUCCUGCCUUAAUUUAAGGUUUCUAUGGAUUCCUUAGAUGUGCAUUUGGUUUAUCGGGUCUGCAUUCCUGCCUUCUGCUGAAAAUAGAGAGACUAUUUUGAGUGCUUUGUGUUGAGCUGGAUUUGAUUGGGAGCAACAGAAGAAAAAGUUCUCAGGGUUCAAUUCAAACAAAAAACAGCCACUGGGUAAGCAAACACUAUAUUUACCAGACUCUUUAAUAGAUUUAUCUGGCCUUAAAAACAACUAUCCUUCUAAUAACGAUUAGUUAAAGAAGAUUUAAUGACUUCCAACAUCAGGAAUUGAAGGAAAAAAAGGUUACAUUUAUUUUAAAAAAUCUAACUUCUAAGGGGAAAAGAGGUUCAUUUAAACAUUUAACAUUGGGACAUUUAAUUUUUUUUACAUUGUUUCCCUGACAUAAGUCUGUUGUGAAAACGGUUUCAUGAAAGGUGUGUGUAGACUAAUGCUAAACCUUUUAUUAAAUAUAAUUUAUUGAUUCAUAAGGCUUGGUAAAGGAACAUAUUUAGAUUUAAGGUAAAGGUGCUUCUUUUUCUCUAGUUUUGUGUUUGUUUUCCAUCUGUUUCAAAUGUUUUGUAUCAGAAGGACUAAUUGAACGGUUCCAGUCAUGGUACUGUUUAGAUGUAUUGAGAGGUUGAAAUAAAAAUGUUCACUUAAA